GAAGUUUACAUGGUGCCUUUUGGUACCAUGAAAGCUAGUCCUGAAGGAGAAGGAAUUCAGAUCAAAUACAGCUCGUGUUCUCUAGGGCCUGUGUCCAGAGUGCAUGGUGCCUUCAGUAAUGUGAACCUACCUUCCCCCUCUGUUAAGCAAGAGCAACAGCAAUACUCUAUGUUUUGGAAGUCUAUUGGACAACCCCGACCAACAACCUCAAAAGAGGCUUCUCAUGCCUGGCAUUGGAGUUUUGCUAGAUAGUCUAUGGCUCUUGGGGGUAGUAUUUUCAACCUGGAUAGGAAUAUUUCAUUUAAAGUAUAUAUGUAUAUGUAUACAGCUUACAAGUAUAAUGGUACAGGAUUCUUCAGAGAGGGAGACUUGAACAUUAUAUUUCCAAGAUUACUAGGAAGUAAUCAUAAUUUAAUAUCUAAAAUCAAACGGAAUUGAAGUGUUUCAUGUAAACUGAGAAUGGAAUACAAGCCCAGAGAGAGAGAGAGACCAACUUCAUCAGGACCCCAGAGUAGCAAGGUGAUAAAAUAAUGAGAACUUUAUAUUCCCAGAUUCUCCAAAGUCAGCCAUAUCAGUGGCAAUGCAAAUUCAAGGAUGCAAGGCCAUUUUUUUAGUGCUGAAGAACCAAUUUAAGGAAUAUAUUGAUUGCCACAAUGUCUCUGCUAUGGUAAGAACAAUAUAAUAAACAUAUCAAGGCACUUUUCCAUUACUUCUUAACUGAUUUACUGUUCCAUAUAGGGUCAGUGAUGCAUCAUCUUUGAGCCUCCACUUACAUAUCUGAACCAUAAUUCCACAAUUUACCUUGAUGAACAUACUGAGAUAUUCAAGAUGGGCAGCAAUAGUACCAGCACUGCUGAGAGUAAUUGCAGUGAUACACAUCUGACAUUUCAGCACUCUCUGUAUGCAACCACCUAUAUCUUAAUAUUCAUCCCUGGUCUCCUGGCUAACAGUGCAGCCCUGUGGGUUCUGUGCCGCUUCAUCAGCAAGAAGAAUAAGGCCAUCAUUUUCAUGAUCAACCUCUCAGUGGCGGAUCUCGCUCAUGUCCUGUCCUUACCUCUACGGAUUUACUAUUACAUCAACCAUCACUGGCCAUUCCAGAGGGCCCUUUGCCUGCUCUGCUUCUAUCUGAAAUAUCUCAACAUGUAUGCCAGCAUUUUCUUCUUGACAUGCAUCAGUCUUCAGCGGUGCUUUUUUCUCCUGAAGCCAUUCAGAGCCAGAAACUGGAAGCGUAGGUACGACGUGGGCAUCAGUGCUGCCAUCUGGGUCAUCGUGGGGACUGCCUGUUUGCCAUUUCCUAUCCUGAGAAGCACUGGCUUAGCCAACAGCAGUGAAUCCUGCUUUGCUGAUCUUGGGUACAAACAGAUGAACGCAGUGGUUAUGGUCACCAUGGUUACAAUGGCGGAGCUGGCUGGAUUUGUGAUUCCAGUGAUCACCAUCGCAUGUUGUACCUGGAAAACAACUAUAUCCUUGAAACAGCCACCAAUUGCUUUUCAAGGGAUUAGUGAGAGGAAGAAAGCACUGCGGAUGGUUUUCAUGUGUGCUGCUGUCUUUGUUAUUUGCUUCACUCCUUAUCACAUUAACUUCAUUUUUUACACCAUGGCAAAGGAAAACAUCAUUACUAGUUGUCCCAUUGUCAAAAGUACACAGUAUUUCCAUCCUUUUUGCUUGUGCCUUGCAAGUUUCUGCUGCCUUUUGGACCCAAUUCUUUAUUAUUUCAUGGCUUCAGAGUUUCGUGACCAGCUAUCACGCCAUAGCAGCUCCGUUACCCGUUCUCGUCUCAUGAGCAGGGAGAGUGGCUCAUCCAUGGUUAGUUAAAAUGAAAUAAUUCUUCAAUUAUUAUUUUCUUUACCUUUGCUGUUUGAACUGCUCCAAAGGUAGGAAUUGCCAGGCAAAAAAUUCUUUAAUUGAACAUUGGAAAUAGCAGAAAUAAAUUUUAUUGUGUGAUAGUUGUAGUCUCAGUAUUGUGCCUCCACAGAUGAUGGAGGUACAACAUGAAAAAAUGUGGGAAAAGAAAUGAAAAGGGGAUCCAUCUGCUUCUAAUUUAAAAUUCAUGGCAUUUUAUUAGUUAAAAGUCCCAGCUCAAGUUUUUACAGAUGUUUCCAACCAGAAAUUGAAUGUGUGUAUUUAAAAUUGUCUUCUGUAAAUAGAAAAGUAUUGAGAUGCAACAUACAGAUUAAUCUUUACAGAAAAGCAAAUGUCUUUCAUGGAAUAAUUUUAUUUCUGAGUGGAGUAAAAAUUUCAAGUCUUUCUAAGACAUAAAACACAGACGAAGUGACACGAAAAUCAAAGCAUUCAGUCAACACUGGAAGCCUGCUACUGAAUUAGGGCAUGAAAAGCUACUCCUUGAACAUUUAUAGAUGUCUAUCAUUUUCUGAGCUGGUACUUUCCUAUGUAUUUUACAUAUAUCAUCUUACUUUCUAAUAGAAGUGACAAAAAUGUGGAAAUGCAAAUACAAAGACCUAAAUGUAAUAUCAGAGAGGUUAAUUAACUUGCCUCAGGAUUAACAGUUAAGUGUACAUGGCAUAUGACUAUUUUAUUUAUUCCCUCUGCUUAUAUUUUUAUAUGUAUUAGGUCAAUAUUAAGUUUGAGUUGAAUGCUGGAGAUACAAACUGAAGAUAAGAACAGGAGAUAAAGAUCAUUUGAACACAAUUUUCUUAGACUCAUGGAAAAAGCCAUAGGUUUGAAAUUAGCAUGAUUCUGACUACAGAGUCUUCUAUGAAAAAUAUAUUGUCCUAAUACUGUAAGGAUCUGCAUAAUCUUGAUGAGAAGUCCAACAGUUCAUUAUUUCAAAGCCAAUUUUAUUGCUUAAUGCAAGCCAUACAAAUCCCAUACGUAGAAAACUGAGCCACAUUUUAGGAAAUGUAGGUGCCUUUUAAAAAAUUCACCCAUUUUUUAAUUCUUAAAUAUUACUACGUUGCCAAACAAAAUCUCAAGGUGUUUUCAGAUAUCAUAACUCACAGAAUUGCAUUAGAAAGAGAGAAAUAUCAUCACAUUGUGAAUAAAUAUGACAGGAAUAUGUGAAUUUCUUUUAUUUUUCUGAACGUUAUGGAUAUUAGUUUAAGUAUUCUUGUAGAGAAUUUAAAUAUAUGGGACUCCUCAGCUUCUCAGAUUGACAUUUCACUGGUAUUUUAGGUUUGAAAUUUACAUAUACAGUUGGUGUACAUGCAAAAGAAGGAAGUGGUAGUUCUUAUAACAUGCUUUUGUGUAGACUAACUAAGGAAGAGGAAGGGACCACCAAAAGGAGGAAUUAAAAAGAACAUUUCUUGGUUUCUUGGGCAUGUGAUAGUUCUGUAAUCAUAAAGUAAUAAAGUGGUUUUUUUAAAUUUGUAACUACGUGUGUUUUAUUAACCAGAGUCUGUAGACACUGCUUACAGAGAGGGUUUUCAGUGUGUUUGGGAUUAAUGGUAGCAUCAUCACAAUCACUGUAUCAACCAUCUCAGUUUGAAGAGAUGACUUUCAAGAAAUUCACUUGGAACCACAUAUCCUCCUAUAGUCUUGUGGAGAAAAGAAACAUCAGCUCUCAUAGUUUGCAUUUUGUAUGUCUCCUUGCAAGUGUUUGGGAGAACAGUAGUGCUUUCUGCACAGUUAGUUGAAUAGCAUAUAAGUUAAACUACAUAGCUUCCAUUUUGGCCUUCAUUGAAAAGGAAUUUUUGGACUUUUUUUUCAGUUGUGAAUCUCUAAUGUGGUCAUAGAGAAAAAAUGAGGAUGUCUAAGCAAGCGAUGGUUGGUUUUAAAUUUCAAAGGCUGGGCAACCUCACAUAAUGUCAAGGAGGAAGGUGAUGGUGAUUGUAAUGACGAGACUGUUUUACCAAAACAAGAUGCCCAUAGUUAGGAAUCCUAUUCACCUUUCCAAGUUCAAAUAAAAAGCAAUUAGCAAGGUUAUUUUAAGGCCUCAGAGUGUAUAGUAACUAUGAUAGUUACAAUUAUGUUUUUCAGAGAGAUGUGAGGCCAGAAGAAGGGCACAGCAAGUCAUACAGCCUGGAAUUGGCCCUCUAAAAACUCAAUUCUAGCUGUAACUGCCUUACAGUAUCCCCAAAUCUCUGUAAGAUAACUUAAAAUCCACUUACAAACCACAUUGAAUCCUAUAUACUGACUACUUCUGAUAGUUUUUGAAAAAAUAAAAAAAUUAUAACUCAUAACAAUUUAUAUAUAUUUAAACGCAGUUUAUAUACAAUUAGGUAUACUGUUUACUUUUUUAGGAGAAAGGGAUUUUAUUUGUUUGGAGCAUUGUUUACUUUUAUUUUCUUUAUGGAAUAGUAAAUGCAACAAAAGCAUACAGGUAUAAUAUUUUUCACUUCAGUAUGCAAGAACAUCAUUUUUGUCAAUGUCCUCCUAUUCCAAUGUUGAAAAAAGUAACUAACACAGAAUAUUAUAGUUUUGUUAGAAAUUAUAAAAGGAGUAAUUAAUAAGUUUUAAAAUUAAAGAUUUAGAAUAAGGAGGCCUCAAAUGCUAGGCAUAGCAUUUGGAAUUUUAAGUGAUGGAGCGAUACAAGGUUGAUAAUUAGACCUGUGGAAGUAUGAAAAAUGAUUGGAACCACCACACCUGGCAAGUGUUCAUAUUUUAAAAGUAAUGUUGAUUUUAUUCGAAAAGCCACACAAUUAGAAUGUUAUACUUUUGUUGCAGCUUCUUUACAAAAUCAUUAAAGUUCUUCUUCUUCAUUCUGUCUUUCAUUAGAAAACAAACAGGCUUCUAUGGGAUAAUAAUAGAAUAAAGUAAGGUACAACAAAAACUAACACAUUGAAAUAGGAAAAAAAAAAA